GGGGUUAGUAUGGUGAGAGGAGAGGAGCCAGAAGCACUGCAGCUCCAUGUGUACGGGUGUGUGUGCAUAUGUGCAGACGGUAAUGUCUCAUCUCCCUCCUCUCUGUCUCCAGCCGUCUUCCUGAUUCGAAACGAGGAACAGUGGGAAUCAAUACGUCUGUGCAGAGCCACCAGAAGACGAGAGCGAGUUCCUGAACGGAACGCGGCCAAACAGGACUGAGGAUCUGCCAGGCGUUCUUUUAUCUCCCUCCUUUUCCCCUCCAACGUCCCGUGUCGUGCUGAGGCUGCAGCGCCCGCAACACCCAGACAGCUCCUCUCAUCGUGAUAUGUUUGGGCUACAUAAGGCUGAUGAUUAUUAAAAGGCUCAAGGAUUUUUUUUUCCGACUAAAAAUAACACUGCAGACAGAGGGCCUUUUCUGGAAAGCCGGACACGAGCGUGGAGCAGCUCGUCUGAAGCCCGACGUCCAAGCUGAUGCCAGGUCUGCAGCGAGUCAAACUUUCUAAAAUUCUACAAUUCUCAUGGACAGCGAUCUUGAAACUAUUUCUGGUGUAAAAACGGGGCUUCAAGCAGUAAACGGCCACAUCUCCCAAAUUCCAGGACUGUCGCCUACCAUCAGCACCCUGCCUGAGGAGAGGGGCCGAGGGCGCAGGGCCGGAGUCCUGGAGAGCGACUCUGACUAUGUCAAACUUGCAAAACAAGGAGGCCACAAGGGGCUUUUGUGGCACGAAGAAACGAUGAAUUCCAAAGCCAAUUCAUACAAACCCCCAGAGUGGUUCAGCACUGAAUCAGAGGACAGCAACCAGCUGAGUGAAAGGAAGAAAAACCCUGGAGCUUUUCAACUGCUAGAACCCCCCUUUGGGACUGAUAAUAUGUCAGCCUGGGAGAGGAAUGAUAUCAGCAGAGGCAAAGAGAAGGACAACGAUGAUUGUCUCCAGAUGGAGGCAUUGCAGUCACCCGAACAAUUUUACCAGUCCAGCAAAUUCAAGAGGAUCGUGUUUGACAAGAAACCCUCUCCUGUUGACAUGUCCAAGCUGCUGAGUUUCGGUUAUGCAGCAGAUAAUUAACCCACAGCCAGCACUGAUCUAAUAUUAGAAGACUGCCAGUGCUUGAGAAACAUAAACAUCUCCUGCUGAAGUGGUUGCCAUCAUUUUCAACAUAAAUGAUUUUACCACUUCAUCCUGAGGCACAUCAAUCAUUUUACUUAGUUUACUUUGUAGUAUAAUGUGUAACUCAAAAGUUACUUAAAGCUGGUACCUUCUAUUUAUUAUGCUUCAUUAACUGCUUUUUUACAGCUGUACAUCUGAGCGAACACUAAUAAAAGGGUUCAAACAGAAAAGAACUGCUGUUUGUCAUUG